GUCCUUCCUUCCUAUGACCUAUUCCUUCCUUGGUAAUGAAACCUAUUGCUUAUCUUUUAAGCAGUCAACCAAAAAUAAAUAUACACAUAAAAAGUUAAAAACUCAUUUUGCCUUAAGUAACUGCCUUGACCAAAACAAACAAACAAAAAAAAAAAAACAGACCACACUUCCCUUCUAAUAGUUCGUCCGGAACACCAGAAGUCUUCUUCUUCUUCUUCUUUUUGAACUUUUAAUCCUCCAUUUUAUAACCCUUUCAUAAAAAAAUCAUCUUUUGAAAGAACCCUCUUCCAUUACCAAGCUCCUGCACUGCACCUACAAGUCAUUUUAAUGGCUGAAAAAAGAGUUAAAAAAACCAAAUCAAAAUUGAUGAUGGGUGAAGAGGAGGAAAAGGUGGACAGAAUUUCUAAACUACCUGAUGCACUUCUCAUUCACAUACUCUCCUUUCUUUUCACUGAUGAUCUCGUUCUGACUAGCCUCAUCUCAAAGCGUUGGAGAUUCUUGUGGUGUUCAGUUCCUAAUCUCCAUUUCCUCCAAACUAAGAAAAUUGGACACUCAGAUGGCCAGCUUUUGUUUAACAAUUAUGUGGAAAAUUUCUUGGAACACCGCAAGAGAGGUAUGGAUGGUGAUCAUGAUUCUGUCAUUACUAGUUUUAAACUUUCAAUGGAUAGGUAUGAUUGGAGUAAUGCAAGCUUCCUAGAUAAAUGGUUAGGUUUUGUAGUUGAGAAUAAAGUUAAGGAAAUUAAACUUGGGUUGUGGGAAGAAGACACUGAUGAGAAUGGUAAUGGUUACUACCCUUCCUUACCUAAACCACUUGUUAACUCAAAAUAUUUGACUAUUUUGAAUUUGGCUAUGGUGGAGUUGAAUUGUCGUUAUCCAUUUAGUUUUCCAUCCUUAAAAUCUUUGAAUUUGGGUGUUGUUCGGUUUGCAGAAAAAGAUGUGUUGGAUAAUCUGUUGUUGGGUUCUCCUUCACUUGAGAGAUUGGAGUUAAGUAAUUUAAUUAGUGAUCAUAAGCUCCACAUUCAUAGUGAUAGUUUAGCCUUGAAGUUCUUGGAAAUUGUAGUGGAUGAUAAUUUAGUAGAGCGAAUUGAAGUGGUAAAUCUUGAAUCUUUGAGACUAUCUUGUGUUUCUUUUGACAAAAUAAAUCUUUCUGUGUGCAAGAGAAUUAGAAUCUUCAGGUUAGAUUGUGAUUAUGAUAUGAAAGAUUUGUCAUCUUUGGAAUAUCUCAUUUCAAAUCUUCCUCUUCUUGAGGAUUUGACUUUGAGUAAUGAUGAAUGCUUGGCCUUGAAGCUCAUUUACAUCUCGAGUGAAAGCUUGAAAAGUUUCAGUGUAGAAAACUCGCGUGAUAAUGAAAUGAAUGUUAUUGUUAAAUCAGCUCCGAAACUAGAAUCAUUUCGUUAUAAAGGUAAUCACAAAUUUAGUAUAACAAUGGAGUCAUCCAAUUUGUUGAAUGGAACAUUCAUAAUUGUUGUGUGGCCGUGGCGUGAGGACUUUGAUGGAGAUUGGUUUAUCAAUUUGUUGAAUUUUCUUUUGAAUCUCGAUUGUUCUUGGAAUAAGGUAACCCUACAUGUUGACACACUUCAGGCUCUUAUAUUUCCAGAAAAUUUGAGGAGGGCAUGUCGUUCUUCUUUGCUUAAUUGGGAGCAUCUUCGAGUUUUUGCUACACGCAAACUAGAGAGAAAAUCAGAACUGAGAGAUGCUUUGUUGUGGAUGUCUCCUUCUAUAAAAACAUUAUCUAUAACGAAACGAUCAUCUCUUGCAUGCUUUUGUGAUCAAUUAUUAUAGGUAGGAGUAUUAGAUUAGUUGACUCUGUAUGCAAAUUUUAAACUUCACAAGAAUUUUUUGUGAAUUACUCUUGGAUAUGCAUUUUAUCUUUAUCACAUGGAUCUCUCAUCUCGCCUUUAAAACUUCAAAACGAGAAGUCGUUAUGUUCUUAAGGUUUUGAUAACUUGAGAGAUUCCUUGUCUCAAGGAUUUUAAGCUUGGUGAGAUACUUUCUAUGCUUGUGUUGGUUUGUUAGUAAUGCAUUUCAUCUUUUUUUAUCA